GAGUGCUAUAUCUCGUGGAUUCGGACUGCCUAAGAGUAGCAACACACUGCCUUAGAUGUACUAAACGUUGAGAAUAGCUUCACAUGGCAUUUUAAGGAAAUAAUUGCAAUGAAGGACCUCGAAAGACGAGCUGAAGUACCAAUUUCGCGGCUAGCCUCUCUAGAACUAGUUUCGGCUUCUCGAUUUCCCGCCAGACAACUCAUCCCCGUCACCGUUCCUACUAUUACACCUGGUUCCAUACAGGUUCCAUUUCUCCUUGUCGACACAUCUUCAGAGGACUGUUUUUCCAAUAAUCGAAAUACUUUCAACGCCAACAAGACACUCCUAUGGCAGAUGACUCACGCCUUCCCUUUGCUAGCAACACACAAGUCCACAUUCUCUUACAUAGAUGGGAGGUGGGUUUACUUCUUUGGCUAUAGUCUUACAAGUUGAACUUUUCACAUCUUCUGCAGUGAUAUGCUAUUUUUCUUCAAUCAUGGAUUCGCAAUUGCAGGCUGACGAGCUUGGCAUUGUAAUUUGAUCCUCCUAUUCACUGAUUGCGUUACAUCACUGGGCUUCAGCGUACAUUCUCUGUUCACCCA